CGCCGGGCCACGCCCCCAGCACGCGGCCAAGGGAAACCGUUGGCCUCGGGCCACAGCGACUUCCGGCUUCAGUUGCAUCCGUUUCCCUCCUUCGCAGAAGGUGUGAAGGCGUGAAGCCUUGGGAGCAGGCAUUGCGCUCUGCGGGUCGGAGGAUGAGGGAAUGCAUGGCAUUCCAAAGUGUUUUAAAAAAUGGAAACAAAAAGAAUGAUUGGUAAACCACUUCAGCCAGCAAGACCUGUGCGACAUCUCACUCCUUAUGUAUCGCCAACCAAUUUCAGCUUCCAGGCGAAGAUUUCAUGCAGUACUCCUGUACAUUCACCUAAUGAAAUUGGCUCAAUAUGUAAAUCCAACCAACUACUGGUUUUAAAUGAAAGUCUGAUUCCGCACGUAUCAGAACAGCACAAACCUGAAGUUACAAAAGAAAGAAUAACCUAUAGUAGAGAUUACCUUUUGAAACUUUCAGAAGUUUCACUUGCUCAAAAGAAACCAGAAUUUCUUCCUGAUCAUCCUAUUGUACUUGAAAAACCAGUGCCAUUGAGCCCCAAGACUGCUGCCGCCACCUGGAAUAGCCUCCCCGUACAGCCUCUGGCGUUCCAGUUUCCACCAGGCCUUUUCACACAGGAGUCUACAGCUGAAACAUCCUGAGAGGCGCCUAUCCAAACUCCCGUGGAAGAGAGGUCAUCACCAUCUGAUAUAAUAUCAAACAACCUUUACCAUCUUCAAGUAAUUCUUCCUAUAUGUUAAAUUUGGAAUCUUCUUUUUUAUAAUCUGAAUUGGAUCAUAACGUUUGGAACAAAAGGAAAUAGAUUUUCUAUAUCUACCAUUCAACAGCCCUGCAAAUAUUUGAACACAGCUAGUGUAUUGGGUAUUACAGUUCUCUAGACUAGACACACCCAAUUCACUACUGCGGUUCACAAAAUGUUUUCUACACUAUUUGUCAUUUUAACCACAGUACUCAAUCUUCAUUAAAGGAAUGCACAGAACUGGACACCGUACUCCAAGUUAUAUAUGGCCAAACAGAAUAGGAUGGUGUUAUUUUCUUGAUCGGGACAUCAUAUAUAUCUGAACAGGAUGUCAUCAAGGCAUGAGUCACUAAAACCAGAUCUAGCAAACCCAGGUACAUUCACAGUUUAUGCACUAGCUUUAACUACAAAUGCACUUCUGACCACAGUCAAAAUCUAGUCACCAAGACUCAGUUCUGAUUUCAGGAGAAUGUCUAAAUUGCAAACCUGAGAUUUCAGGAGUGUAACCUCAUUCAGGCUGAAUCUCUAUUUCCCAAUCUUCCUUGCAACUGACCAAGAGGACCGGUGUCUUGUCUCUAGUACAUUUCCAGUUGUUUACCUUCAUCCAAACCUUUUUUGACAAUCAGUCAAUUACCAACAAAUAUAGUUCUCUCUAUGUGCUAUUUUGGCUUUUGCAGAUUUGAUUAUUCAUGGAUUUGAUUAAAAAUGUCUCAAGGAAUCUAAAUCCUCCCAUGUAACUCUACUUAUACUAUGAUCAACUUCCUCCAAUCAUACUAGAGGAUACAGAGACUUCUUUCUAGGAAUCUCUAGGUCCUCCAAUAUGAUUCUAUAAUUAGCUUCUAGUGUCAGUUGACCUUAGAGUCAUGCUAGAAGACCUAGAAAUACCCAGAUAGAUGUUCUCUCAGGCAAAAAUAUAGUAAUUCUUUAUUCAUGUUUUUUUUUUACUUUCAUGAGGACCUAUAUUCCCAGUCCCAAAAAAUGUAGAAGACUGUCUUUAAUUCCUUGCCAUUUUCCCUCAAGAAGCAUGGAUAGAUUUUGAAGCUGAACCAUAAUCAAUUCACAAUGGAAAGAAAGAGACUUACAGAUUUAGUGUCUCCAUCUGAUAUCUCUUCUUCCAGUGGUUCAAGCUUUAACUCCUUUUCAAUCGUAGGAAGUAGAAAGCCAAACAAAAAACACCAAAAAUUAGCUAUAAUUGCACUUGGAAUUACUUGAAAAGUAAAACCAUCACAAAUCCUGUUUUGUGAAAAACUAACAUGAAUAUGGAAUAAAAGAUUUUGUAGAACUUUUAUGGAGUUAUCAAGAGAGAUCUUAUAUUUUGGGAGAGGUAUUUGGGAAACAUUCUUGCUAGAUUGGGCAUACUUUAAAAGGGUAGCUUAGAUGUCACAGUAAACAAACGGAACACACCAAAAAUAAAUACAUUCUGGUAUAAUCUCACUGCAAAUGAUGUUAACUUCAGCUAGGUACUAUCCAAUAUUAUGUUGGUGGAAAACAUACAAAAGCUUCAUUAGUACAAUCACAGACACACAAUUAACACAAGAAACAUCCAACCCAAUAAAGUUGCUGUGGUUUUAUGCAA